GUUAAAGCUGGAUGGAAAUUUGGCUGAUAAUUGGAGGAGAUUUAAGCGUAUUUCAACAUUUACAUGACCGCCGGUGAGCUAACUGAGAAAUCUGACGCAAUAAAAAUCAACACAUUUCUCAAUGCUGUUGGUGAGGAGGCUAUCGAAGUGUUUGACACGUUGACGCUCACAGAAGAACAAAGAGCAAGCUAUGAUGAAGUUAUCAAGGCAUUUGAUGAAUUUUGUAAGCCAAAAAGAAACCCAGUUUACGAACGAUUCGUACUCAAUCAAAGUAAACAGAAGGAAGGUGAGCCAUUCGACGCAUUUUUGAUGGAUAUCAAACGAUUGGCAAGAACAUGUGAGUACGGUGACAGAGAAAAUGAAAUGUUGCGAGACAGAAUUGUAUGGGGAGUCCAGUGCCGCAAAUUACAACUUCGUUUGAUUGAAAAGAAUGAAUUAACGUACGACCAAGCGGUUGAAAUGGCACGACAAAGUGAAUCAACGAAAGAGCAAGUAAAUACGAUGAGCACAAGCAAAAACACUUGCAUCGAUGAAAUACGACACGCA